CUGCUGAGGGACAUCACCCCGAAGCGUCGCACCAGGCGCCAGCUGAGCCAAGCGGACGGCAAGAAGCCCUACAUCACGGCCUGCUUCAAGCAGCUCCCCACCACCUUCACCCUGGGCACAGAGCACCGCCACAGCAGCUGUGAGAGCAAACCUCUGGAGCCCGGGCAGGAAUACGUCUUCUUCCUGCUGGCCGAGCUCAACACCACCGCCGGGGUGAGUACCAGUGAUGAUAGGCACACGCACAUAUGUGUGUACUCAUACACGUGCACAUGCACACUCAGACACACCCCUGCACACUCAGACAUACACCAGAUCCAUAUACUGUACAGUAAGGAGAUAACUCUGGUCAUCAUACCAGAUGUGUGAGUAAGUUUAUGAAAGGUAUGUUUAUAUGUUAUGCAUAGGUAAACUACUUCUAAGUUGAAUUGCAUUGAGCUCUUGUCUGUAAUUGAUAUCUCUCUAUUUGUUAGUAUUUCUCAGUUCAGUUGUAUUGACCCUUCUGUCUAUCUCUCUCUCUGUCUAGAAAAUGUUUGCGGCCAGCCCAUACACGGACUCAGUGGUGACCCCAGAGCUGGAGGUGGAUCCUCUGCCCAUGGAGACGGGUGGGGACGGCCUCAUCUGGGUGGUGGGGCCCGUCCUGGCCGUGGUCUUCAUCAUCUGCAUCGUCAUCGCCAUCCUCCUCUACAAGAAGUGAGUUACGUUGUAGGGGAUUCUGGGGGAUGUAGGCUAAAAGGGAUUGUCUGUUCUGUAUGUUGGGGGAGGGGGAGGUUAUUUUUAGGUGGGGGGGGGGGGUUGACUUUCUUUAAAACUGUUACAAAUGUUACUGUAUGAGAAAUGUGAAUGAAAGGAAGGUUGGUAAGGAGGACACAAAAAGGGACUGGAGGAAAGGAGACUUGGAGGAAAGGAGACUUGGAGUAAAGGAGACGAGGAGGAAAGGAGACUUGGAGGAAAGGAGACUUGGAGUAAAGGAGCCGAGGAGGAAAGGAGACUUGGAGGAAAGGAGACUUGGAGGAAAGGAGACUUGGAGGAGUUAGUGAAAGAGCUAAAACCAGGGAAAUAUCCAUGAUGACAUCUUUACAUAAAGGGGAGAUAUCUAAAGCCUUGUUUUAACUUUAAAAUAAAUUACAUCUAAAGUAUUUCCAUGUGUUUUGGGGCUGGAGCAAACAAACAGUUAAAGUGUAUCUGCUUCUGUUUUAACAGAGAGAGAGAGCCCCAGUAGUGUACAAUAACUAUGUGCUGGGUGACUGAAGUCAUGUAGAAUAAGUAGGCCAACGUGUAGAGUAGAAGAAACAGGGCCUAGCUGACCUCAACUUAUAGCUCUUAGUGGUUAGGGAGAGUAACAUCCCUCCCUGGAUCUCUCACUCUCUCCUCUCUCUCUCCUUCUUUCCCACUCUCUCCUCUCUCUCUCUCUCUCCUGCUUUCCCACUCUCUCCUCUCUCUCUCCUGCUUUCCCACUCUCUCCUCUCUCUCUCUCUCCUGCUUUCCCACUCUCUCCUCUCUCUCUCUCUCCUGCUUUCCCACUCUCUCCUCUCUGUCUCUCCUGAUUUCCCACUCUCUCCUCUCUCUCCUCCUGCUUUCCCACUCUCUCUCCUCUCUCUCUCCUCCUGCUUUUCCCACACUCUCCUCUCUCUCUCUCCUGCUUUCCCACCUCUCCUCUCUCUCUCUCUCUCUCUCUCCUGCUUUCCCACUCUCUCCUCUCUCUCUCUCUCCUGCUUUCCCACUCUCUCUCUCUCUCCUCUUCCACUCUCUCUCUCCUCUCUCUCCUCUUUCCCCGCCUCUCUCUCUCUCUCCCUGCUUUCCCCACUCUCUCCUCUCUCUCUCUCUCCUGCUUUCCCACUCUCCUCUCUCCUCUCUCUCUCUCUCUCUCUCUCUCCUGCUUUCCCACUCUCUCCUCUCAUUUUACAUUUACAUUUACAUUUUAGUCAUUUAGCAGACGCUCUUAUCCAGAGCGACUUACAGUUAGUGAAUACAUUGUUUAUUUUUUAUUUUUUUUAUACUGGCCCCCCCAUGGGAAUCGAACCCACAACCCUGGCGUUGCAAACGCAUGCUCUAUCAACUGAGCUACAUCCCUGCCGGCCAUUCCCUCCCCUGCCCUGGACGACGCUGGGGCCAAUUGUGCGCCGCCCAUGAGUCUCCCGGUCCGCGGGCCGGCGGCGACAGAGCCUGGAUUCGAACCAGGAAUCUCUAGUGGCACAGUUAGCACUGCGAUGCCGUGCCUUAGACCACUGCGCCACUCUCUCUCUCUCUCUCCUGCUUUCCCACUCUCUCCUCUCUCUCUCUCUCCUGCUUUCCCACUCUCUCCUCUCUCUCUCUCCUGCUUUCCCACUCUCUCCUCUCUCUCUCUCUCCUGCUUUCCCACUCUCUCCUCUCUCUCUUCUCUCCUCCUGCUUUUCCCACUCUCCUUCCUCUCUCUCUCUCUCCUGCUUUCCCACUCUCUUCCUCUCUCUCUCUCUCCUGCCUUCCCCUCCCACUCUCUCCUCUCUCUCUCUCCUGCUUUCCCACUCUCCCUCUCUCUCUCCUGCUUUCCCACUCCUCUCCUCUCUCUCUCCUGCUUUCCCACUCUUCUCCUGCUUUCCCACUCUCUCCUCUCCUCUCUCUCCUGCUUUCCCACUCUUUCCUCUCUCUCUCUCCUGCUUUCCCACUCUCUCCCUCUCUCUCUCCUGCUUUCCCCAUCCACUCCUCUCUCUCUCUCCUGCUUUCCCACUCUCUCCUCUCUCCUCUCUCUCUCCUCUCUCUCUCUCUCUCUCCUCUUUCUCUCUCAUCUCUCUCUCUCUCCGCUUUCCCACCCACUCUCCUCUCUCCUCUCCCUCUUCAUCCUGCUUUUCCCACUCUCUCCUCUCCCUCUCUCUCCUGUCUUUCCACUCCUCCUCUCUCUCUCCUCUCUCUCCUCAUCUCCAUCCUCUCUCUCACUGCAUAUUCCCACUCUCUCCUCUCUCUCUCUCUCUCAUCUCCUUCUGUCCUUCCCACCUCUCCCUCCUCUCUCUCUCUCCUGCUUUCCCACUCUCUCCUCUCUCUGGUGGCUAAUGUUUCUAUCUGCCCUUCACCCUGACAUCCCCCCCCCCAGCUCACCAAGACACACACACACAGUCAUAAUCACAGACACACUCACACACACGGACCGACCAGCUCCUCCAAAUGCUGAUGAACUUUAUCUAGCUAGCUCUGCGAGGCGGCAGCCCCUGUGAAUUUUUAAAUGCUUUGAUUUCUCUCUUCUCCCCCCUCUCUCUCCUUGUGUUGUGUUUCCCCCUCUUUAUAUAUUGAUCUGAAACUCCUUUGCUUUCUCUGGAAGCAGCAAACCUGACAGGUAAGGCUUAGCCGUACUUUAUUGGUGUGUGUGAUUUUUCAGUGAGAAAAUAACCUGUCUCAGCAUAAAAUAUAUUUUUUAUUAGUCGGGGGUGAAACAAUGGGAGGGGAAAGAAGCUGGCUCGCUAGAUACUGUAUGCCUCUCGACUGUUUUGUUUCACGGAUUUAAGAAAAAACUUUACGCGCCAAAGUUAUUGUAGCAGUACUGAGCACUUGUUGUUUGUGUAUGGACUGUGGAGGGCAGCUGUUUUGUCUUGACGUUGCACGUCUUUGCUCUCCUUCCCCCUCCAAAGCCGCAAACGAAAGGAUUCAGAGCCCAGAACAAAAUGUCUGCUGAACAACGCAGAGAUCACCCCCCACCACCCCACAGACCCAGUGGAGAUGAGACGCAUCAACUUCCAGACCCCA